GCCUUAUGAUUCUCCAUUUAAAAGCUAAUUAUUUUUAUGGUUUCAGCUUAAGGUCACAUGCAUCCUACCUCCUAUUUCUAAUGAUCCAGAAGCUGAUGUUUGCAUGGAAGACGAAGCUAAUAAAGAUCUGGAUGACAUGGCCGAUUUAUCCAAGAGAGGUUAUAAGUUUAAAAUUAGAGAUUGGCGAAACAUGUCAGUAGACCUAUACGGUGCUAAUGAACAAAUAAGAAGAGCAUCUUUACUGUUUGGGAAUGGAGGGAUGAGUCAAGCUUCUUCUUCGUAUCAGGAGGAGUCUUUGGAAUCAAAGAUCAACAGAAUCAGCGAGAUGGUGGGAGAUAAUUUAAGGAUCAUGAACGAUCGUUUGUGUUUGAUUGAAAAAGACAGGAAACAGAUUAAAGAACGUGUGACAAAACUAGAGAAACUACAAAGAGUUACUUCAUAUGAAACUCCAAACAAUGAGACUGACACAACUCCAUUUCAUGAGACGGCUUCCAGACAAGGUGAAGCCAAUGCAGAUCAAGCAGAUGAACAACUUAACAAUGAGGAUACACGAGAGCCUAUGAAUGAGAUCACGAAAGAGACACCUGGUUCUCCAAUAGCUCAACAGAAUAUUGAGACUCCAGUCCUUACUCCAAUUCAGACGCAGCAGGAGACUCACGAGCUUAUGAAUGAGAUCAUUUCACCAAACAUUUCCGACACACAGCCAAAUACCCGAGCUCGCAGAAAUCUUUUAACAAAGCAAAAUAAGGUAUUACUUUCAUUAAAACCUUUAAUAAAUAUACAGCAACUAUCAAAAUGACUGGAUAUCCUUGAAUCUAAACCAUCACAGGAUGUAGAAAGCAGAGUUCAAAAUCCCUUUGAGAUCGGAGCAAAUGUGGAGAUUUCAUCACAAGAUGACAAUACUUGUCAUAAAUGGUAUCCAGGAAAUGUGUUGGCAACAUAUUUGGUUGAUGGGGUUGAGAUGGUGAAAGUUGAGUACUCCGUCCCGUCUCUGGACGAAAAGAAGAGGAAAAGGAGUGUUGAGACACGUGUAUCAAUUGACAGAAUACGUCCUCAACCACCACCUGAGAGAUCUGGAGCGAAGAAAAGUUAUGAGCUAAUGCAGGACGUGGAGGCGUUCGACAAUGGUGCCUGGUGCGCUGGAAAAGUUAAAGUCAUUUUGUUUGAUGGCUCGUGUUUUGUCUCUUUGAACAAUUCUAAAGAACAAAUUUACUUCAACCAUUCUGAGAUGCGAAAACCAAGAAAAUGGGUAGAUGGUGUUUGGGAGAUGACAAAAAAGGUAAAACAAAUGCCUUGGAUCACUUGAAUUGAAAAAUAAUGUCAUUUGUUUAAUAUCUUGGUAUUGAUUUUCAGAUGGAAGAAGAGCAGACGCAGAGUGUGAAUCCAAGUGAAGGAGAUGGUGAUAAAAAGGUAUGAAAUAUUUAUACAUCAUACUAGGAAUUAAGAUAUAAAUGUAUCUGAAUUUUUGUCAUUCAAAAAGGGGAAGGCGAAGGCUGUCGCUUGUAAGAAAAAUGAAGCAGCUGGUCCAUCAGAAGAUGGUGUUGGGAAAAUGGCAAAAGAGGUAAUAAAAAUGAAUAAGAUCCACUUGAAUUGAAGUUCAGGUCAAUAGUUUGAUAUAUCGGUUUUGUUUCACAGAUGGAAGUAAAGCAGGGUUAGAGUGUGAAACCAAGUCAACACGAUCAUGCAAAAAAGGUAUAAAAAAUAUUUUUACUUCAUAUUAGGAAGGCAUUCAAGUAUAAAGAUAAAAACGAUCCUGAAUUUUUGUCUUUAUUUUUAAUUAAAGGGGAAGCCUGAUGUUGGUAAGAAGAAGAAAGCAAAUGCUCAGCCAGUAGAUUUGCUUCAUUUUCUACAGCGAGAAGAGAAGAGGCCAAUACGACCUAGAAACCCUCCUAUACCUGUAACACCUGAGGUAAACCUUCCAAUUGAUCCAUUUGUGACACCUGAAUUUCCUCGGUUUUCAAGGCUUGCACACUGGAUGGAUCUACGGGGCAUAUAUCGUGUGUAAGCAACUUUUUGUCCUCGCAUAAAUAUUCCUAAUUUAUUUUGUAAAAGUUUUGAUUGAUACUAGUUAAUUUUAUCAACUACAGACCGUUUUAUAUCAAUGGAAAAAAAAUUGAAAAAGAGUUCUUUCAAAAAAUGGACGAUGCAGAAAACAAUCUCAACAAAGAGGUAAUCAACACUCUGUUCUGUCUUCUAUUUGAUUGUGUCAUAUGUUUAGGAAGAGGUUGAGUUGAGCUAUGCUAUAUGUCCAUGUUAUAGCAGUUCUACAUGAAGUUUCUAACUAUAUUGUUACAUUGGCAGCACAUAAAUAUUGCAUUUGAAAUGCUAAAUUGUAAGAGGGUUGAGCAAGGUGCUUGGUUCCGCAACAACAAUCUUCCAGCAGCAUGCUUUGUACCAGUCAAAUUCUUAGAAGUGGUUGGGUACGCUUAUGAAUCUGUCAGGAAGCCACAUAA